AUGUUCACACACCAGACACCCGAACCCCGUUAUUUGCUCGACCCCCCAAGGAGUCUCUCCACACCUCCACGAUCAGGCGACCCCCCGAUAACAGUCACUGCAGACUCAGGACCCGGGUCCACACACCCCCUCCCCAAACAGCAGCGCGUAGCCUCUUCACCAGCAACUGAAGAGCAGGGGAGGGGGUACCCGGACAGUCAGCAGGAACGCAGAGGCGACGGCGAGGCUGCUCAAAGUGUCUAUGCCGCUCCCGAACUCACGCACGGUCUCCGACUCGGCCCCUUGCGCCCGCUCAGUGUCACUGCCUCUCGCUCUGGGAAAAUGGCGGCUACGGCGGCGGCGGCGGCGGCCGCGGCGGCGGCGGCGGCGGCGGCGGCGGCGGCAAGUGCACGGGGCCCGCCCGCCCCGCUCCGCAGGGGCAGAGGGGGAGGGGACGAAGCUGCCCGCCGCCAUUUUGCUUGUGGGCGGCCUCUCGCCUUUGCCUCUCCACAGAGACUCGAAGAUAAUGAGGCUGGAGGCAGUGAGGUGGGGAGAACCUCCGUCUUCUUACAACCGAUGCGUUCAACAAUUGACAGAAGGUUUGGAGUCCGGCCUCAAGCUCAGGGUGAACCCGGCUGGGGUGUCAUUCGACGCCCACUAGGGGCUGAGGAGGCUCCAGUGCGCAGGCUCCGGGCACCGGAUAAAAGGGGACCUGGCGAGCCCAGCGCUGUCUCCAUGGAGGAGCAAGAAACGGAGGAGGUCGGGGGGAGAAACUGGAAAAAUACAGCCAGCGUCAACGCCGCCUCCCUGCCACCCUGUAUCGCGGUAAAAAGCUGCCGUUGCUGUCGGUGCAGUUGCAGUCGCUGCCUCCUACUUCUCUUGGCCCUGGGGGAAAAUUUCCCCGCCGGCAGGACAAUGCAGGAAGUGGGAAUUCCUUUAUUUGGCGGUGAUUAAACUGGGGAGGGAGAGAGAGGGUUAUCUCGAAGAAAAAUGGGGAGGCCAAAGAAUAAAACGGGUUUCCCCACUCAAAUGACAUGGUGAUUGCGGUUCUUCUUUUCGGGGUCUUUCCCCGAAAUGGCGGUUUCCGUCUUGUCCUAGCCUCACACCGACCCGGAGCGCUUGGUAAGCCGAGUGGGGAGAGGGAGAGGCAGUCUAUGCAGCCAAUCAAGGCUGGAUGGUUUUUGUCCGGCGCGUCGCGAUUGGCUAGCGAUGACCUCAUGCUGCAGCAGCGGGUGGGGCCACGGCGGUCGGGGGAGUCUGUUGGAAAGGCAGAGAGGGAGAAGUGGCGUUGGUGAUCGUUGCUGCAGCGGCCGAUAUGGAACCCAAGCAGUGCCGAAGGGAAUCUCAAGGCUCUUCCCUGACCAUUUUCUCCUGUCCCUGCGCGAGGUGAGGGCCCUGGCUCGGCCUCUGCGAAACUUUGGGGAGCUGGCGCGGACGAGGAGACACAAUUUCUCCCUUGACUUUUGUUAACUGCGUCAGGGCAAGAUGGCGCUGGGUCUCCGUGGGGCGCGGGGGGAGAGGCACGUCCACCGCCGCCGCAGCGCAUGUGACCGGGCUGCAUUCCUGUGGGGUUUGGCUCAGACCCAGGCUGGGGCGGGGGAGGGGAAAGGGCUGGGCGUAGGAGACUGUGGUGCAGUCGGCGUUGGCGGCCUGAAGAGGAAGAGUUGACUGUUCGAAAGACCUUCCCCUCCCCCAGACAGCAUAACAGCUGCGGUUCCUGGGGGAAAACCCCCGGAGGGACACUCCUUAUGGGGUGUGACCGCUGUUGGAGGAGGAGGAGGAGGUUUAACGCCCUAAUUUCUUAUCUGCCUUUCUCCUUGCAAAGUAUACUUAUGUAAGGUAGCAGCAGAUCCUUGGAGUGAGAAUCGGAAUCAACGUUGAGUCCCUAAGGACCACUGGCAUACUCAGCAAGGAGAGAGUAGCUCUUUAAGCCACAAAGUCGGGGAAUAUCAGUUAUUUUCUGAGGAGGUUUCUCAGAUGAGAUUAGAAAAAUAUUCCCUAAGUUUGGAGGCAAGUGUAAAUAACACCCAGGAACUCUUUAAGUUUUUGAAAGUUCCAGGAAUCCGAGGACUAUACAACUGGGUUUAAGGGCCGUUUUCAAACUUUCUGUGCCUUUUUUUCUGUACUUUAUAUUUCUUCCUGUGUCUUCUCAAUGUGUAUGUCCUACAAGAACAUGUAAUUCUACCAGUGGGAUUUGCUUUUCUUUUUGAAUAAAGGCAUAAUUACCAAACCAGUUGCCGUCGAGUCGAUUCCGACUCAUCGUGACCCUAUAGUACAGAGUAGAACUGUCCCAGAUUCCAAGGAGCACCUGGUGGAUUCGAACUGCAGACCCUUUGGUUAACAGCCAUCGCACUUAUCCACUAUGCCACCAGGAUUUCCAUAGGCAUAAACAGUAUUAAUAAAAUCUGCUAGUGCUUUAACUCAUACGAAGUUGUAAGGCUUCUUAUUUUUAAUACUUCAGGUGGUCUUUUGCCCUCUUUUUAAAAAUAAACUUGAUAGAAUUGUAAUCACUGCUGGUAAAUGUUAUUAAGAUUCCUGCACCCAUAUGAAAUGUUAAAAUCUACCUUUUAAAAUAACAGUAGUAUGAAUGAUAAUUUUAGUUUUUUGAAGCCUUAAUAGGUGGAGAUCUCCAGCAGUUCAAAAGGCUAUUUUGACACAUUCAGUAAGGUACACAAAUUUGGGGUUUGGUUAUUCCCAAUUGGUCAAACUAGUUACAGUGGUCAGCAAGUAAAUCGCGUUAAUAUAACGCUAAUUAGCAUUUAUUACUGUUAAAGAGGAUAUUAAAAACGUGUUUAUUGUUAUAUAAUUAAGAAAGCUUAAUUAGUAUUGUUCUGUACUGACACUCCUUAUAAUUUUCAAUACUUGUCUAAUACCUAGCUGUGCUAAUACUUCCCUCUUUCAAAUUAAGUGCUUGAGUUUGUAGCAAAUGACUGCUCAUCUAGUGAAGAUUUAAAAGGUCUUUCCUUGGGUGGUGUUGAGUGUGAGGGGGAGUUAGUGAACAAAGAUACUGGCAGCUAAAAUCUGGAUUAUUUUUUGAUGACACGUAUAUUUGGUGCUAGGAGAAAAUGCUUGCUUGACCUGAAAAGAUGAGUUUAACUUGGGGCCAAGGUUGUGGUGGUUUGCUGACUCUUAGUUGUAGAUUCUUGGUAAUUUGAAAACAAGAUUGGGUUUUUAGUUUAUUUUUCUGUAUUCUUAAAUUCUUUAGUAUUGAGAAUUUAAAGUUCAAAGUUUGUUGUUUUGUCCACUCCGAAAAUAAAAUGGGCCUUUUAUCUGUAUGAGGACUCCAGUAACUUCAAGAGUUACUUUGUUGUACAAAAGUUCAGUGAUGCCUUUCUUUCUCUCAUAGCAACAGUUAUUCCUGUUGGAAAAGAGGGACAAAAAAUGAAGUCAGUAGUUUUUAAGGUAAUUUUCAAAAUGGCCCUGUGCCUUAAUAAGGAAAACAGGCCAUCUUCCAAACUAGUAAAAACAAUCUCCCCCCACUCCCCACCCCCAUCUGGUACUUCUUGAGUUCCAAGUUUUCUUGACUUCACUAUGGUAUUUUAAAUAUUACUUGAAAUUACUUCUUCACCUCCUUGCAUGUUUUCCCUGAGUAAUUUCAUUCGUGCCUGCUAUUUGGCCACAGGCUUCCUGAACUCAGAGUUCCUAAGAACUUACUUCACUUAGCCUCUCAAAAAAAAAAUUUGCUACUCAUCCUACAUUUUAUGAGUUGGAUAAGUUAUACCCUAAACUUCCUUUUUGUUUUUGUUGAAGUCAUCACUUAUUUACACCCUUUCACUAGUCUAACUAGCUUUGCAUAGCCUUUUGUGUCUACACGCAUAUUGAAUCAUAUUAGUCCAGUACUUAAAACUAGUGUCCUCCCUCCCACAUUUACUAUGAAAGAGUCCAAAUUUAUUGCUAUAGUCUUGCCUUGAUCUGGCUCUUGUCUGCCUCAUCUACCUUUAUUUUUAUAACACCCAGUGAUGUGCUUAAAAUGCACUUCAUCCCAAGAGUGUUGUGCUAUUUCGUAUCUUUGUCCACACUAAUUGAAGUGCCCCCCUUUCCCUCUUGGGUAACAACUUGAGCUCCCCUUUUUUUUUUGCCUCUGAAAUUUUUCCAGAUUCUGACUAUCCCUGAGUAAUACGAACCAUUGUUUAUAUUGAUGACCAGGCCCAGUGCUUGAUACUUGAUAGGCAUUCAGAAUGCGCAUGCUUCUUUAGAGAUUGGUAAGAGGAAACAUUUUACUAAUAGAUGUCACAGUCUGAAGUGUAAAAUAUAGGCUUUGAACUUUUUCAGGAGUUCUUUUGACCACCAGAGUUUGGAGAUGAGAUGAAGGGUUAGGAAGACCCAGAGGCAGGAUUUCCUUCUCCCUUUUUUUUUUCACAUAGUGGUUCUCAUUAAAUUCAUUAUGUAAGAUGGGGGGGCAGGAAAGGGGGUGCAGCCAGUGGGAUAGAGAUUAGUCUGCCCCACAAAAAAGGUGGGAAGCGAAAAUAACUAGGCUGAAUAUUUUUGAACAUACAUAUUUCUCAAAUCUAGAGGACAUUUUCACCUACAAAUUUCAACAGUAUAUAAAAACCAGUGAUUAUAGAAGUUUAUAAUUCCUUGAUGUGUUUGGGGCCCAUCAAUAUAUGCAGCACUGCUUGCUCAGAUAUUAGAGGACACAAUUUGCAGCACCCUUGAGUUUAAUUAGUUUUUGUCCCUUUUCUUGACUGUCAUUUACAGAUGUCAGUGUUCCAGCCUCUAGUAGCUAUGUAUUUUUUACGUGCCAUGAAAUUUAACAUUCCAGUAACAGAACUUAGAAUUGUAUAUAAUACGAAGCUUAUGAAAUAAGGCUCUUGCAAGUCAAGUCUGAGCUUAAUGUGUAAAUAUUGAUGACCCUUUCAGCUGCUUUUAAGCUUUUUGGUGUAUUUCCAGAUAGUCAUUGUCUAAGACUAUGUCAUUUGCCGUAUUUGAUAAAAUUCAAGCUCAGAGUCAGAAAAUAUUCUGAAUUACAUGUGAUGUUCACCAGAUUGUUUUUAUAUGACUUUUUUUUUUCGCUCUCUACUCCAACUCCUUGACAUUUAGUGUCCUCAUUGAAGCCUUUAGGAAUAUAUAUACAGCCUGAUUAGUUUCUUGUAAAAUAAAUGUUAUCUCUAUUUAUUCCUAGGUAAGAUGUUAUUUAUGGUAACACUAAUCCUGAAAUGCAUAUUUGCAGAUACCAGCCAACAAAAUAAGUAAACUUUUAUGGGUUGUAAAUACCUUGAGUCAACUUUAUAAUUUUUUGUUAAUGCAAGGAGAGUGGUCAUAAGUUUAUUCCCAAGUGUCUGGAGAAACAUUCUGUGAAAGCUAACUGCAUUUUGCUACCCAAAAAGAUGACGCCCAUAAUCUGCUUCCUCCUAGCUGUUAAGUUCAAGUCUGAAGCUUCUUUACAGUAUGAAAUUUCAUCUAGAAACCAGAGAAACUAUGUGCCAGUACAGUGUUGCCACCUAAAUGAAGCAUAUAGGAAGGUACCAAAAACUUACAGGGCCCCACAGUUUUCUGGAGUGAUGUUAGGGAGCUGAACUAAUGCCUUGCUAUUCUGAUUCUAAAAUUUAAUGUCUCUAAGUGACAUUAAUUUAACAGUACAUCUAUUAAAAAGGAUUCUUUAAUGUGCAGUGUUAACCGAAGAACUAUAAAAUCUUUAAGAGGCUCUUUAUGUAAAGAAAUGAGUCAGGCAGUUUAAACAGAAAAAAUUUUCUGAAGGUACCUAGUUUGUCAACUCUGCUUUUCCUGUUUAGAGCUUCUGAUGGUGUUAAUUCGUUGCUUCAUAAGGAAAAGUACUGUAUGGUGUUUUUCUUGCAGUGCUUAUGUUUCCCAUAAUUCAGUAUGCAGAAUUUGUUUUGCAUUUCUGUCUCUUAGAAAAUUGAGCUUGGGGUUGUUGGCGUCUUUGUUUUAAGCACACCACAAACAAAUCAGCCUUGUCAGCAUUGUCUUUUUCAGAUACAGAAUAUAUCUUCAGUCAACAACUAUUGUUUAUAUAGUACCAGUCCUAAUAAACUAAACUGGUUAUUUACCUAGGAUAAAUGGUAUUUCAUUUAACAACUGAAAUCGGGUUAGGUUAUAUACAAAUUUAUUCCUAGAAAUUAUCUUUAAUAUUUCUUGUCCUCAAAAAGUGCACUAUUUUUAAAAGUGCCCAUCGCAAGUAUAUUGAUGUUUGUGUCUCAAAUUUAAAACUGUAUCCCAAUUUAUGCCCUCUGGUUGCUUUGUUCCUGGGCCAGGUCAUAACUCUAGCUCUAAUUUCAAUGAACAAAUAAAUUGCAUUCCUACCAUAUUUUGGCUUUGGGGGAAAAAAAAAACCUAACUCAUUGCCACGAAGUCGGUUCUGACUCAUAAAAUAGAACUCUGCCCCAUAGGGUUUCUAAGACUGUGGUCUGUAAGGAAACAGACUGCCACAUCUUUCUCCCAUUGAGUGGCUUGGUAAGUUCAGACUGCCAACCUUCUGGUUAGCCACUGAGCACUUAAACCGCUGUGCCACAAGGGCUCCUGUAUUUUAGGCAUAUAAGACUGAAUUUCUGGCCCCGAUGAACUAACUUGGUAAUUAGACCUUUAGAAGCAUUUAUAUCUAAAUGUUUACUUGCUGUUUUCUCCCAACCUGUAUUUCUGCCUGUUUAAAUGUAGCUGAAUUUUAAUGUCACUUCUUCUUUGGGAGUGCUGGUGGCACAGUGGUGAAGCGCUCGGCUGCUAACCAAAAUGUCAGUGGUUGGAAUCCACCAGCCGCGUCACAGGAGAAAGAUGUGACAGUCAGCUUCCAUAAAAAUUUACAGCCUUGUAAACCCUAUAGGACAGUCCUACUCUGUCCUGUAGGGUCACUAUGAGUUGGAAUCGACUCAGCAGCAGUGAGUUUUUCUUUUUUUUUUUUUUUCACUUCUUUGUGUAUACCUUGGUGUGUUGCUGACAUGUAACGUUAAAGAAAGGAAAGAUCACUGGUUUGCAAGUGAGGGUAAACAGUUGGAAGGAUGGACUUAGGAACAACAAGAUUAUAAGACCAAAAAAAAAAAAAAAGGCAAGGUGUACCACCCCCACGUAAUUGAUGUUUAGUGAGGGUGGAAUGGUCUUAAAUUUAAUGCUAGACCAGAAAUCCUUAACUGCUAGUGUGACUCUUACCCCCACCCCCAAAAUGAAUGUUUUCUGAUGUCCAGGACCAUGUUUGAUGCUUCUGUAUAUACUUUGUCAGUUAAAUGAUAAUCUUACCCAAGGUGACAGAGCAGAGAUUUUAACACGUUUCUCUGACCUGGCCAAAGUUCAUAUUUUUUGCCCUGUUGACAUUGUCUGAAUGAAGACUUCCUUUUGAGCUCAGCCAUGAGACAAUGAAAUUUUAUCUACCUUCAACCCAGGGGAAGGGCUGGCUUAAUAAUGUAAUAUCUUUAAAAUAAUAAUGUAGAUGUAAGAAGGGCCUGGACGAGGGUGGGAGUAAUAGAAUAAAGAAGGUACAUAAGACAUUUCAGAAACAUCCGUGCUGUUGUUUGGCUAAUAAGAGAAGAAAGAACUUGCUUUUCAAAAAAAUCAUUGGAAUUCAGUAGUCUUCAGAUAUAAAAGUCAAAGCUGGAUAGAUUUGAUCUUAGUAAGAGACAAAUAUAGCAAGAAAGCUGACAUCUUAGAUCCACAUUACAGACCUAGGAGAAGGAACCAAUUCUUUUUUUUUUUUUUUUCAAGAUAGCUAAAUUAGUAUGUAAACCAAACCCAUUGCUGUCGAGUCAAUUCAAACUCAUAAUGACCGUAUACAACAGAGUAGAACUGCCCUAGGGUUUCCAAGGAGCAGCUGGUGAAUUAGCAGCCUGAGCCCUUAACCACUGCGCCACCAGGGCUUUUUGCUACUACAUACUUACCUUAAUCUAUAGCUAAAGUAAUAAUAAAAUACGAUUUUAUUCAUAACUAUCCUAAACAGUGCUGUUUACUUUUAAAUCAUGAUGCACAAAAAUGAUGCAUAGCAUUUUCUUUCCCUUUUUUGGUCAGAGGUUCCACUCUUCUAACCCCCUUUAUAUAAUCAUAUAUCUUUCUAAAGCAAUUUUUUUUGCUUUAAAACAAUUAGUUCACCAGAGAUUGCAGGAUCAAGUCCAAACUCUUUAUGACAUGUAAGGUGCUUCAUCCGCCCCCUGCUUCACCCCUCAAAGUUUUAUGAGCAUGUGGACAUCACUGAAGUUAGAAUGACUUGAAUUUGAAUACCUGCUCUUCUAUUUCCAGUGCCCCUUUAGUUACUUUACUUUCUGGGCCUCCGUUUCAUAAUCCAUAGAAUAGGAACUUACUACUUUAUGUUAGUGGUAUUGGAGAUUAAAUGAGAUAUAGGAGCUUCAGGAGCAAUUGUUGAUUUGUAGUAAAUGCAAAUUUUACUUCUUUUUUUCCAGAAGUUGCUGUCAUAGUCAUGCUCCUCUUUUCUAUUAGUUUGUGAGCCCAUGAUAUUCACAGUGUCUUGCCUUUUGUAGCUAAAGUGCACAGUUCCUGGCAUAUAAUAGGCAUUCAGCCUUGUUGCAGAAUUACAGUUAAUAGAUAAACUGCUUUGGUGCCAAGUGUCUGAAAAUUCUGCCUUAAUGUAUGUUUUAGAGAACCGCAAGUCCAUUGAAUAUAGGAUACAGUACCAAAAUUCACUAGUUGGUUCUGUAUUAUAGUGUGAUAAAAUUUUAUUUAAAUUUGUUUAUUUUGGCUCCUACUUUUUUUCUUAACAUGUAUUUUACCAGUGUUACCAUCUCUCAAAUCUUGUUUCUGUCCAUUGUGUUCCUCUUCACUCAAGUAGUUAGACCUGCCAAUGUGUAAACUAGAAGGACUAAUCUAUUUGUUUACAGUCUGGUUUGGGGUUAAACCAUGUGGGGAUGUAAUCAAGGUACUGUAAGCAUUCAGCCAGGAACCCCGGUUCAUGGAUAACAUGUUACAGACUAAAUAAAAUUAUUGUGCUAGGAGGCAAAGUGUUUGGAUUUUAAUAGGGAAAGGGUGAGAGGGGAGCACAGCUGAUUGACAGUCAACAUGGCUUUAUAUGCAAAAGCGUAGAACAGAAAUAGAGAAAAUGUGUUUUAUGGCUAAGAAACUAAUUUGCCUAAGCUUGUGUGAACUAUAUUGAGAGAUGAGACUGGAAAAGAGGAUGAAUUGGGACCGGAUCAUUUUUUGUUUUUGUUUUUAAUUUAACGUCGUUUGAGGCGUAGCUCAGGCCAUUUCUCCACCACCACUCCCUGUUGUAUUUGAGGAAGCAUCCCCAAAAAGGGAAAUGACUGAUUAUGAUCUCAUAGUAAUGAGUAACAGAGCUCAGACUAGAAAACUAAGCAUUGAUAUCCUAACUCUAAAUUGAAAAUUGGUCAUGGUACUAGGUUAUAAAUCUCAUUCGCAAUCUUCUUAUCUCGGUUUUAGAUGGAAUUAGGCCAACAACUGUAUUUUCUGUUUUUUUUUUUUUUUUCCUUCUGGUUGUACAUAGAGAGGGGGAGUGAUAAAGUGAGCCUGAGCUUCAGUAUCAGACUCUUCCUUUCCCAGUUAUGCUUGCCAUUUAUAGGCUAUGUGAUCUUGAUUGAUUUACUUUGCUUCUGUUUCCUGAUCUGUAAGUUGUUUUGUUGUGUGACGUCGAGUCAAUUCUGACCUGUAGUGACCCAUCGGAACAGAAUAGAACUGCCCACAGGGUUUCUUAGGCUGUAAUCUUUACAGGAGCAAAUUGCCAGGUCUUUUCUCCUGAGGAGCAGUUGGUGGAUUUGAACUGCCAACCUUUCGGUUAGUGCGGAGCACUUAACCAUUGCACCAUCAGGGGUCCUUGUAAAUUGUUUUAACACCUGCAAAUGUGUGGCUUAGUGUCUUAUUGCAUUAGAUGUUGGAUGAUUGAUAGCUGUUGUUAUUAAUGAACAUGUACUUAGACUUCUGGUAACUUGUUUUAUGCUGAGAAUCUGUGUAGUACAAGCUACAUCUAUACCUAUGUCUGUGGCAAAAGCUAGAAAUUGUUUUAAAAAAAAAUCGCUGCUACAUCAGGAAGUAUAUCUUAACAACUGAUUUCCUUUUUAAAAUUGUAGGCCCCAAAAGAGAUCUUAUUCAAAUGCUUCCAUUUUCAGGCUAGUGUUUUUGUUCAUGUUUGAGCAUCUUAAAUUCGAUGUGCUCAUGCAAAAUACUUAUGUCUUUAAGGCAACUUAUGCAUAUUUGGCAACCAGCAGAAAUCAUAGCAAUCAAAUUUUUGUAAUAAGUGUAUACUUUUCUACCCUUCUGUGACCAAGACUUUAGUGUCAGACUGAAUACUGUUUGGCCACAGGUAUAACUACUGCUGUUGUUAACUGUGAUUUGUAAACAGUCAUUAUAGAGACAGUUCUGAUAAUUCCCAGGUAGCUUUCUUUUUUUUAGUGUUUUGGCAGAAAUUAACUGUAAAAAGUAUCCCUUUAGUUAUAACAAAAAAAUUUUUUCCUAAGCCCAGAUUACAUGUAUCAAUAUACCUUGAAGGCAAAAAAUCUGCUAAUUUACUUUUGAACCUUCUUAUGCACCCUGGUCAGAGCUGUCAUUAUUACCCAGUUACAGUGACGUUUCAGCCAGGUAGCUUUCAUAUUCUCACCAUUUCACAGUGUGCGUUUUAGAAUUAUUUUUCUGGUUAUUCAUGUCCCAUCCAUUUAUAAGUCAUAAAGCAUGCCUAUUACAAAGCUUGAAGAAACUUAGUCUUAUGUAACCUCCAAAUAAGCUGUGACAUUGAAUUUUAAGCAUGUGUUAACAUAGGUGUUUUUCCUUUUUUUUUUUGUGGGUUUUUGUUUGUGUAGUUGGUUUUUAUGUAGAAUUCUGUGUAUGAUUAGUUUGAGGGGGAGUUUUUGAGGAUUAACAUUUCUUGCCUGGGCAAAUUUUAGACUAUAUGUUCUGAUCACUUUAUGUCUGUAACUUUGUUGUUAUGUACUGUCAGCUCAUAGCGACACUGUAAGACAGGGUAGAGCUGCCUAUAGGAUUUCCUAGGGUGAAAUCUUUAUGGGAGCAGAUCACCAGUUCUUUCCCACAGAGCCACUGGUAGGUUCAAACUGCCGACCUUUCUGUUAGCAGCCAAACCUGUAACCAUUUACCCCCAGGGCUCCUUUUGUCAACUUUAAGGAAUAACAAAAAUAAAUGUUUAGUGUAUUUAAAUUACAAAAUCUUUAUCCCUAUCUCUUACCUAUGAGCCUGUGAACUUUGUUGGUACUUCAUAUGGUAGUUUCUCUAGUUUACAAAAGAACCCUCUGUCACUGAAUUAUAACUCCUGUAUGCAACUAAAUUACAGAUUUCAGGGUUUUGUUUGUUUGUUUGAAGAUCUAUACUUUUAAAAAUAAAAGGUGUCUAACUUGUUUGAUAGGAUCACUGUGAGGUGGAAUUGACUGGAUGGCAACAGGUAUAAACCAUUUCAGCAUGUAAAAAAAAAACAAUUUAGAAAACAAAGCUUGAAUAUAACAAGUGUUUAGUUUGGUGUAUGCUUUAUAUUUGUACUGUUUUUAUGCUUGAAACUGGUUUGUAUAAUAUUUUGGUGGCAUAGUGGUUAAGUGCUGUGGCUGCUAACUGAAAGAUUGGCAGUUCAGAUCUACCAGGUGCUCUUUGGAAACUCUGUGGAGCAGUCCUGCUCUGUUCUAUAGGGUCGCUAUGAGUUGAAAUCAACUUGAUGGCAGUGGGGUUGGUUUUUUACAAUAUUUUAGAUAUCUGAAUUCAUAACACUUAAGUAUUUAUGUAUAUCUGAAGGGGAGAACAAGGAGCCCCAGUGGUGCAGUUGUUAAGUGCUUGGCCGCUAACCAAAAGGUCAGCGGUUCAAACCCACUGGCUGCUCUGCGGAAGAAAGGUGUGGCAGUCUGUUUCCGUAAAGAUUUACAGCCUUGGAAACCCAGUGGGGCAGUUUUACUGUUCUGUAGGGUCACUGUUAGUCAGAAUCUACUCAGUGGCAGUGGGUAUGUCAGUUGGACACUUGCAUUGUAUUUGCCUUUAUACUCUUACAGAAGCUUAGUUUUAUGUGAUAGAAAGGCCUUCUGAUUUAGUCCUUCAUUUACAAAUGAGGGAGUUGAAGUUUAAGAAGAUAACUCAGAUUUAAAUGAAGUACCUACUAUAUUUUCCUAAGUGUGAUCAAAUUUCAUCUUUUUUCGUUCAUUUUUGUAUGAAUCCAGUCACUCAGGCAAUGCUUGUAUUAAAUGUCCUAUAUUUUUGUUUUCAGUACUUUAUGUAUCCCGUGUAUUGCUUUCCUGAGCAACCCUUAACACUGUCCAUACCUGACUUAGAGUAGGUACCUAAUUUUUAGUUCCCAUUCUUACCCCUUGCCUUCUUUCCACCCCAUUAAUCUUUUUACGAAUUUUUUUCCUGAUCAGCAACUUCGAAUCUUCUAUACAUAACUGUGUAACAGCACUUUUGCAAAUACGUGUUCUAAGUAGAUUUGUUAUCCCUAUCCCUAUCCCUGGACACAAGAAAAAGUUUGUUUAUAACUAAUAAAUUAAACUUUAGUACUGAAGCCCUCAGCCUCUGUAAAGAGGAAGUAAACAGGCCUCAAUUUGCACUUGGGUAGUAGACUACUUUCAAAUUCAUAGCUUUAAGUCCAUAUAACCUUCUCUGAAAUUAAAAACAAAAUAGAAAAUAUAUCGAAGAAAGUCGGGUUUUUGCCAUGAAAAUCAUAACGGUCGUGAGAUCUUACAGCUGUUUCUGUGUAUCUUUCUUCCUUUUUUCUUUGAUAACCAAAUGCCAAAUAGAAAUAUUUUUCGUCAGUUAAGUGGGAAUUAUCAAAUUAUAUUCAAGGAUAAGGAUUAAACUCUGAAUGUAGUUUAAUUAGAGGCCUAGAUCAAAGUGUAACAGUUCUGUGUUGUUUUUAAAAGGUUAAACUCUUUAAAUGCGUGAUGAAAUUGUCUGCACAAGUGCUUAGUAAAAUCUGUUAUUUGUAGAAGAAAAGCAGAUCCUUGGUUUUUUAUGCAUAAACUUAAGAUGAAAGUCUUCCGUUUUUCUUCCCGUCAACCCAUGUCAUAAGGUAUUCCAAAAAAAAAAAAAAAUAGAAUUUAGGUUAUAUAGUCCAUUUCUAAAACAAUGAAACAAGUCAAGUAUUCCCUGGAUACAUUUUACCUGCAUAAAAAAAUGGAAAGCUUUUCCUUGCCAUGCCUUUUUAUGAGAUGUCUUUUAGAUGCCUUCCCAUCAGUUCCUACUCAUGGCAACCCCAUGGUCUGGGAGGGUAAUGGUUUGAUUUGUGUGAAAAUUAAAAUAUUUCCAAUAAAUGUAAUCAUUCUAAAAUAUUUUCAGAGUAAAAUGAAGGGACAAGAUUACAAAAUCAGCUCAUGAGAUGGAGUUUGGUGAUGGAAAAGUAAGUUAAGCAUUCAGACGUGGUGUUUUUAAUUUAGUUCUUCAGAAAAGGGUUUUUUUGUGUGUGUGGUUCAGGUAAAAGUUUACAGCUUAUGUUAAUUUCUCAUUCAAAAAUUUAUACACGUUUUGUGACAUUGGUUACAAUUCCCAUGUUGUGACACCACACUCCUCCUGUCCUCCCUGUGUCCAUUCCUCUUGUUAGAAAAGAAAUUCUUAAUGAAAAGGAUAAGCUAUCUUCAUAACAUUUGGUAUUUUAGAACUCAAUUAUAGCCAGACCAGCUGACUUUUUUAAAAAUUUGGUGCUCUAGAAUGUUCAGAUGAAAGUAAAUGUAGGGUGUCAGUCUCGGCCCUCAUUAAAUUGAGAGAGUAGGACUUUUUAACAUCACAGACUAUUUGGACUUGCAACUUUCAAAGUAGUUGAAUUAUUCAGAGCUUGAUUAUCAUACCCUCUUUGCAGUCCCUCCCUCUCAAGUGGUAGAACUUACUCAGGUGUUCACUCCAUUGUGGUUAUUACUAUCAAGGAGACAUUGUGUACCAGAUGGCUUCGAGUUGCUUGGAAGAAAGGUGCUUAUAAGAACAGGAUAAUUAAUAUUCAUAAUACACAGUCUUUCUCAAGGCACAUGGGUAACUUCCUUAAAUAUUAAUAGCAGGCAGUGCCUACAUAGGUCUCAGCAAGCAGGUUAGAUUUGUUUGUUCUAAAUCAAGGACCUUUGUUUUUCGCAGGAACCUGUAGAAUAAAUGGUUACAAUGAGAAAGGCUUACGUUCUGCGCUCUUGUAAUACAGACACAUUGCUUGAAGAUAACUUCCUCAAGGAUUUAGGACAAAUCAAGCAAUUUGUGUCCAUAUGGAUCUAAGAUACGAAUCAUCAAAGCACAGUAACUGGAAACUCUCCUCCCUUUUUUGGUAGACUUGUGUAGAUAUUCAAUGCAUAUGAGAGGCAGGCUGCUUUUAAGAACUGAAAAGACGGAGUUGGCAGGACUUUAGAGCUGAUCAGACUCAUUGGUUCCCAGACUCUGAGAUUUCUUGAAUGAAUCAAAUAACAAAAAAUAUGGAAAUCAAUAUAGUUGCCAAUUUUAUUUCCCUAAAUGGGAACACACUAGUUCCAACUCUUUGUUUUAAAACAUGCAUUUUAGCAGUAAAUAAGGACAUAGUCUCAUGAUUUUAAAAGUUAGUCUUUUUGAAAAAUUUUUUCCAAGAUAUAAAAAUGAGAUUUAAUAGUGAUCAGCAUUUCAUUAAAUUGUUUUUAGUUGUGACAAGUUAGUCUUAGACAAACACUGUAAAAGGCUUAUGAAUUUCUAACAGUAUUUAAAUUAGGGUAUGUGCAUAAGUAGAGCCCUUAAAAUUAAGUAGUAACCUCCUAGCUUCCAAAAAACAAAAACCAAACCUGUUGGCGUUGAUUCGAUUCUGACUCAUAGCCACCCUAUAGGACACAGUAAAUCUGCCCCAUUGGGUUCCAAGUAACAGCUGGUGGAUUUGAACUGCCAACCUUUUGGUCAGCAGCCAGUCUCUUAACUACUUCACCACCAGGGCUCUGCCUUUAAUCUUGCCCUUCACUAAUCUGUCUGUCACUUCAAAGAGAUUUUACUCAAAUGUGAAUCUGAUGGUAUUACUUGAAAUUCUUUAAUGAUGCAGGUUGCCUGUUGAGUUAUGAUUCUUAGAACGGCAUGCAAGGCCCUCUGUGAUCUGGUGCCUACCUUUUUAUCCAAUCAAAGAUUAAGCUGCUCCUCCUCUUAAUUCCACCCAUAUUAUUACUGCUUUCUGUUCCCCAAACUCACCUAUUCUCUCGUACCUCCUUUCCUUUCUUUUGCAUAUACUAUUUUUUCUUCAUGGAAUAACCCUUCUUUCCCUUGUCACCUUGGUGAAUGCAUCCUUCAGUUCAGCCACUUCUCUAUGAAGCUUUCUCUGAUCCCUUCCCCAAGAAGGGUUUAUUGUUCUUUAUAAUACUAUGUAGCUUUUGCCCGGCUCUUAUUGCAGUUUGUUAUAAUCUACUUAGAAUCUACUUACCCUGAUAGAAUGUGAGCCUCUGAAGGACCAAGAAUGUCUAAUUGCCAUCCUCAGAUAAAAGGUUUGAAUUAUGUUGGAUGUCUAGUACCUGAGUUACUACCUAGGACCAAGUAAAUACGCAAAUAUUUGAAUUAGGCCUCUUCUGUCCUUGGUGUAAGUAUGUAUCAGCAAAAUAGCUCCUAAACUUAGCUUGUAAAGAGAGGGAAAGAGGGUUAGAGAUGUUUUGAUAGUUAAAGGUGGUGGUGGUGGUUAUCUGCCACUGAGUUGGCCCCCAACUCAGUUCAUCUCAUGGCCACCUUUUGCACAGUCGAACUAAAUGCAGGCCCAUCCUGCACCAUCACCGUAAUCAGUUGUAGAUCAGACCAUCGUGGUCCAUAGGGUUUUCCUUGGCUGAUUUUUAGAGGCAGAUCACCAGGCCUUUCCCCCACUUCAAAGUUAAAAAACAAAACCAAACCCAUUGCCAUCAAGUCAGUUCUGAUUCAUAGUGACACCAUGUGACAGAAUAGAACCACCCUGUAGGUUCCAAGGCUGUAAAUCUGUACAGAAACAAGCUCCCACAUCUUUCGCCCCCGGAGUGGCUGGUGGGUUCCAACCACUGGCCUUUUCAGUUAGCAGCUGGACACUUAACCACUGUACCACCAGGGCUCCUACUUAAAGGUUAGAAAACUUGGUAUUGCUCAUGAUUUGUGCCCAAGAACAUAGCCAUCCUUACUCUAGGAAAAAAUAAGAUCAAGAAAAAAAUUGGAUAUCUCUUAGGUUACAUCAGGCACAAUUAUCUUGAAAGACUGAAGCAAUCCUGGGUGAAGCACUCUUCUCUGUCCAUUGCAGAUAAAAGCCUCCUCUCCCCAAAAAAGUGUUAAAUUGCGUUAGGCAACUUGAAGAAGUCUAUCCGCCCUCCAUUGUUCAGUUAUAAAUUCUUAUUUUUCAGAUCGAACCUGCACGUCCAGUGCAUCGUUUUAAAAAGACGAAGUGUAAAUGUACAUAAUUCCCACACGUUCCUACAUUUAACUUUUCUGACUACUUCAACAACCAUAGUAACACAACAAGAUCGGGGUUAGAUUCUGCCGUCUUUCAAAAGAUAGAUAAGGUCCCAUAAGUAUGGAUGGAGAGCCAAAAGUGCUUACCAAUAUGCAGCAACAAUCUUAGGGGCUAAACAAGUGUGCAUCCCAAAUGGCAUAUGGCAUUGGUAAAAAUAGGUGAUUUUUGGCAUGGAGUAAAGAAAGUUGGGAAUGGGGGCAGGGGUGAUUGUCUGCACAGAAAUAUAUUUAGCUUCAGUUCUGAAUGAUUUACAAUCAACAGUACCCAUUUUUUAAAAGUUGAGUCUAUUAAUGUGCUGGUCGCUCCCACACCAGUAGUUUUAUAUCCUUUGGGGAAGUCUGACACUUAAGUUCAAAAUCACCUCCAGGGUUUGCAACAGUUAAUAAGUUGAUUUAUUCUGUUGUACAGACAAGAACAAGUUUCUUUUCCAAAGUGUUAGGUGCAGGUAUUACAUAAAAAACUGGUAGGAUAGCAUAAUGCAUUUAAUUCUCAAGGCAUAAUUUGGUUGGUCAUCCAUUUGUAACAGCUCAGUCUAUCAUUAAAAGCAAAAUUCUUAUACCCAGAUUUGUAAAUCAUAGCUACCAAGCUUUCAAACACCAAACAAAUUUUAAAAUUAUUUUCCCUACUAGGGCAUAUUAAAAUGAUCUAAAUUAGUGGUUACCGAGCCAGUCUGAUCACUGUGAUCAUCUGGAAAGCUUAUUAAAAUACAGAUUCCUGGGCCCCACCGGCAGAGGUUCUAAAAACAAGAUGUAAGGUAUCAUCAUUCACUGUUUUCUUAGAAUGUAGCAAUUCCCAAAGAGCCAUAUACUGAACUACUUAGUGUGGCCCAGGAAGCUACAUUUUUAACAAGCCCUCUCAUCUCUGGGUGCUUUUUGUGCAAAUGCCACUUUGGGAAAAACAUUGAGAUAAGGAAUGAAGGGCUUCACUAAAACUGUGUAAAGCUACAGCGCAAGGGCUUUUUUUGUUUCUUUUUUAGGAGUGUUACUGUGCUAUUAGUCUUAUUCAUUCUGACAUAUUGAAGGGCACUGUUGCAAUGAACUAUUUCCUACAUAAUUCAGUUGUCAAUUUGGUCACUUUAAAAGCUGCCUGAGAAUAUCUCGGAAUGAGAAACCUCAUUUCUGAGACAGAGGCUUAGGGCAAAUGAAUAUAUGUGCUCCAGGUUGCCAUGAGAAUGUUAAAUUCCACUUAACUUGCCCCUCAGUCUUUAGGACUCCUAACAUGUAUAAUGUGAAAUUUAAGAUUAGCUUUAGGAAUCUGUGGAAAUUUUUCUUAGUGAAACUUAUUUAAAGCUUUAAUACUUAAGUUUCCAAUCUUGUAUCAUGAUUUCAUUUCACAGCUUUUAAAAACAAGUGUCCUGGAUCUGUUGCCUUGUGUGGAAAUUCCAAGCAUAAAUUUAAAAUCUCUUAUUCUAGUAUGAUAAGGUGGUGUUUACAUAAUUCUGGGAAUAUUGUAUGGUGGAAACGUUGACCUAGAAGGAUCACCAAAAGACUUAAAAAUCCAGCUCCUUUGCUCCUUUAUUUUAUAAAUAAGGACCAGGCAUGCAAUGUAACUUGCCAAGUCACUCACCUAAAAGUCAGGCAGUUGGUAAGCUAUCUGCAAGUAAACUUAGUUAUGCUAAUAUCCAUUUAGCUUUUUGGUUUCCUGCAUAACCUUUUAGGACAUUUUUUGGUCUUCUAAGAAGUCAAAAACAAAACCUGUCCAGCAGGCUCAAGGAAUUUCUCUUUAAGGGCUAAAUUAAACCCUGAACCAACAAAAUAGUAACUAAAUCAUAGACCUAGAGAUUCAUCCUGGUUGCAUAACCACCUGAACAACAAGGAUCUUUUGCCUGUUGGAGAUUUCAUCAGAAUAGGAUCAUAAGUUGUUCCCCCCCUCCCCGCCGCCCCCAAGAAAUUUUGAAUAUCGUGUUGGACUGAUUUUUUUUUUUUUAGUGAUAGGUAAGGGUAGGUCUUGUUAGUCGGGGAACCAGUCUGUCUUUUUGCCAGGCUGUUGAGGUUUGUUGUUUCGUCUUGUGAAGGAGAUUUCAUCCUGCUACUUUUACAGCUACUCAUUAUAUUUAGAAAAUAUGAUAUUUUAAUUAAGAUUGCUGUUUUCCCUUAAAGAUCAAAUAUUAACUUUAAAUUCAAUUCAGAGCAGAAGCACCAUUUUGUGUAAUAUUAGUAAUUAAAAGUAGUCAAUCUUAGAAAUUUAGAUGUUACGAUCUGGGACUUUGAAGGAUCCACUUCUUAAUGUUGACAUUAAAAGUUAAGUCCUAAUGCUAUUAAAAUAUUCUGGUCAUUAUGAAUCUACAGUUUUGGCAUCAUGUUCAACAAGCAACGUUUUAUAAGUAGACUUCCUGUAUAGUUCAUCUCCUUGGAGAAAACGUGCUGGCCAAAGAGAUAGACAUCUUUUCUUCAUAAAUUGAUAAAUUGAAUGAUUUUUUUUUAUACACCUGUCUUUUUGCUUGGCUAAUGUGCCUCCAGCCUGAGCGAUAAUCUGCUUGCUUAUUACAAAGUCAAGUUUCUUAAUCCUCUGUGUUUGAAGUCUCCACCUUAGAUUGAUAAACAGUUAAUUUUUAAGAAUUACAAAUUAUUUCAGAAAGUAAUACAGCCAAGACAAAUGGAUAUUUAUGAACCAAUAUAGUAAAUACUUUGUGCCCAAAAAACUCAUUGUUUCAUCAAGCUGGUGAUAAACAUUGAUUUUUAUGAUCAUUUCUGAGAAUAGUGACAGGUGUCUUUUAGUCUUGAAUGACUCUUGCCAUGGUUACUACAUUACCUAGGAGUUUAACCAGGAACAGAAAAUACACAAUUUUAUUUCUCCUAGAUCAGCAUUAAGCUUAACAGGGUCUUUACUCCAUUGAUUUUGUCAAGCCCAUUGCCCUGACAGUGGUUUCACUGGAUAGUAGGUAGGGACAGUGAGAAUCUUUCAUCCGUUCAUGGGCAUCACUAAUAAGAAGAUAAGGUAUUUGGCUACCUAAAGAGAGUCUUAGAUAUUCCCAUCAGUUACCUGCACUUCUUUCAGUGUCUUUACUUUGACGAUCAGAGUACUAGACAGAAAUCAAACACUAGUUUUGGGGACUUCCAGUGAAAGUACAGAGACAGUUACCCCAAGUUGAAAACCAAAGUAACAUAUAUCAUUACCUCUGUGAUCCUUUAACCUGAAAGACAAAAGAACAUGCAGUUACAUUUAAGUGUAUAUGGAUUAAAUAAAGCGUUGUGUGGGGUAAGAGGUGGAGGAAACUUUUUAAAGGUGACUGUAUUUUUAAAACUCUUUCCUAAUAAAUUCAUGACUGACGGGACAAAUGAGGUGUGGACUUUAGUCCUUCCAGCAUUCCGUUGUGGUAAUAAUUCUUCGUGUUUAAAGAGGAAAUAAGGGGGAUAAUUUAUGGGUGACUGGAGUUAUAAAUAAUGUACAUACUACAUAAGCACUGAAGGGAGGAGAUAAAUGUGGAGUCAAGGGUGUUGAAGAGAACAUGACCUUCAUUAUUGUUUACCAUUUGAUGAUUUUUAUUGCCCCUAGAGACGCAUUCAAAGCGUCAACUAUUCCUGGGACCAGAGUUUACACCAGUGCCAAAUACAUGAACAAGAACACCCUGUUAAAAUUAUUUUCAAACAUUAUCGCAUAUCUUAAGAGAACAAGUGUUGCCUGUGGGCUGUCAAAAUGGUCGGGCUUUCUACAUCAGCGUAAGUUUAACAAAUAACUAGGGUAGACAAAUACUACUUCGGAUAAUAGUCCUAAGGCCCUCUGAGGUAUGCAUUGUUAGCUAACUCCUCUCUGUGAUUAUUCAUGCAUAAGUUUACCCUACAGUGAUUGAUCUCCAUUUAAAUAACCACAGUGAUAUUGAGGCAGUUUAUAUUGCAUCUGUGGACAGUUCUUAGGAAGCUGCUUUUCCUUCAGGCCCCUAGAACUGAAUAUGAUAUCCUAACUUAAUUGUGUCCCACAAAAGAGUGAGUAAAAAGAGGACUGGGUAGGCAAGUGGCCGACAGCAUAGAUGAUUUGGGUUGUGACAGCAGUAGCUUGCACCAUCAAUGAACUCUAACCCAGUAAAGAAGAAGCUGUUGCUGAAACUUAAGUUUUUUUUCAAAUGUUAUUUUUGAUUGUAUGGAAGAAUUUUAAUAAAAUAACAGUAAUUUUCAUUAUGUUUAACUACUAGAAUUACAUUGACAAGUUUUAGGAGCUAUUUGAAAUGUAAGAUGUGACUGUGUAAAACUAUAAAUACUUAAGUAUAUAGUUGUGUCCAUGUAGCACUUUAAAUUGUUCAUAACCAUUAAAUUUCUCUUUCCCCAGGAUAUAGUAUGAGUAUAUUUUAAUACUUGCUAUACUAAUUGGCCAGACGAAAGCAGUCUUUGAUAAUUUGAGAUCCCACAGAGCAUGUUGGUGAAGCAUGUAUGUGUGCAUAAAGUUGCACUUAACCUGAUUCCACUUCAGGUCUAUUGUUUUGUUUUUUAACUCUCUUUGCAGUUAUCCUUAUACGAUAAAAGUUGCGAAGGCCGGAACCUGUGUAAGGCAGAAACCUGUCAGAGAAGGAAAACUAAAAUAUAUUCCCCUAAAACAAUUACUUCAGCCUAAUAUUCUUUGAAAGCUGGGGCCUGGGGGAUGCGGAGUCAGAUAACCAUUAGUAUUGCAACCCAAAUAGAAAGAAGUGCAGAUGCAAAAGCCGGAAAUAGUUCUAAGGAGUACAGGAGUCAGCGAUGAAGGUUCAGUCUUGCAGUUCCUUUUGCAUUGUUACUGUGUGUGAGUGCAUACUGUGCAUCGCUACUGUUCUCUGAAUACACCUAUUCUUUACAUUUUACCUAUAAAUUUUUUCCAGCAAAGAACAACAUCGAUAAGCUUGGAAGAAGGUAAGAUAAAAAAAAGAUAGUAAUAAAUUCCUUUAUUUUCAUUAAAAUCUAGCAAAGCACACUUUUUUCCUUUGUCUUGAAGUUUUACUCUCUUUAAUUUUUAGUUUCACUUUAGCUAUUUAUAAUUUUGAUAACACAUUAUUACAAACUUUAAAAUCUCCUUUAUUUCCUUGAAGUUUUUUCCUUCAAAAUUUCUUGUUUUGCCCAAAAAAAGAGAAACAUGUCCUCACUUAACACACUCAAUGUGUGUACCAAAGUAAAAACAUUCUUUUAGUUUUUCCCUUAUUUUACUGAAAUGUGCUAAUAACUUUAUCAUGUAACGGUGUUGAUAGUUUUCAUUUUGAGAUAAUUCACGUUUUCGAGAAGAUCAUAAAUUCCUUAUUUCUAUAAGAAUUUAUUUCCCUUUUUUAAAAAAAGCUUACUCCUUUACAUCCAUGAAUAAGUGGGUAAGAAAUUUAUCUCUGAAAGAAAAAUUUGAUGUUGUCAAAAUGAUAACUGAAGAGAAAAACACUGUCAAGGAAGCUGUAAUUAAGUUCAAGUGUGGCAAAACACAAAUUUACUCAAUUAUGAAAGAAAGGGAUAAAAUAAUAGAAAAAUAGAUGAACAGUACCAACGUAAACGUCAGGAAAGGAAGGGAUGGAAAUUAUGCAGAAAUCAACAAAUCUGUUUCUGAGUGGUUUCUUCAAGCCUCUGCCAAUAACAUUCCCAUUUCAGGACCUAUCUAUCCUGCAAGCAAAGGCAAAAGAAACUGCAAAACUUUUAAAAGUUAGUGAAUUCUCAGCAUCUAAUGGAUGGCUUCAGAGCUUCAAAAAAAAAAAACAUGGCAUCACUUGCAGUGUAGCUUGUGGGGAAUCAAACAAGGUGGGCAUGCAGGUUUAGGCCGCAAUAAAUGACAAUUUAUAGUGGUGUUUCAGAAAAUAGGGUCACCACUGCAUCUUAUGUUGAUACUGACGAAGUUGCCAGAGAAACGGAUGAUAUAAACCUGCAAAAAUUGUGGACUCACAAUCUAAAAAUAGUGACAAUGAAUUUGAUGAAGAUCUUCCAUUAGAAGAGCCUGAGCCCUUAAGUCAAACACAAGUUUUCAGCUAUAUAAAGGCUUUAAAGGAAUUUGGAAAAAUUAAAGGAGACCAGGAGUUUUUUGAUAAGGCUAUGGACUUAGAAAUUUGUUUCAAUAAUUUCAUCAAAAAAACAAAAUAAACAGUUAACAUUAGAUGUUUUUAUAAAAAAGUGAAUUUUACCCAUGUCUUUGGUAUAUGCACAUACCUGUACAAAAUUUGAAUAAACAUGCACAUCUAAAAGAGAGGGUUUAGUUUUUUUCCAACCUCCCAAAAACCAAACCCCCAGUGCUGUCGAGUCGAUUCUGACUCAUAGUGACCCUAUAGGACAGAGUAGAACUGCCCCAUCAAGUUUCCAAGGAGCUCCUGACAGAUUGAAACUGCCGACCCUUUGGUUAGCAGCUGUAGCACUUAACCACUACACCACUAGGGUGUCCAGCUUUUUGUUUUUUGUUUUUCCCAGUCCUAUAAAAUCGAAAAGAAAUGCUUCCUGGUGCUUAUGAGGUGUGAUUGUUAAUGGAGAGUGAUAGACCCCACCCUAUCAAAGGCAGAAAACUUGCAAGACUGGGAAAACAAGGCAGUUUGUCAGGUUAUGCGCUCACAGGUUUCACUGUACCAUUUGCUGCAACACUUACAGCCUUUAAGAAUGAAUUGUAAUUAACAAAAUGAACCAUCUUUCUCAUUAAGAACUAGAACAAGAGUAGGCAAAAUAGAGCACCCACGGCUUGUUUUUGUGUAGUGUGGGCAUUUAAAAUAUUUUUUUAAAGGUCGGUAAAAAAAGGGGGGGAGAUGAGAGGCAUAUGUGAGACUGUAUAUGGCCUACAAAGGCUAAAAUACUUCCUGUGUGGCCAUUCUACAGGAUCUGUGGAAUAGAGCAAUUGAAGAAAAAACAUAAUACUGAAAGGGCAACCAGUAAGCCAGAGAUCCUGCUGGCCAUUAAAGGAACUAGUAAAACCAAACAAUAGCUUAACUGGUAAAAAGUCUGCCUUGAGCACUAUUAUGCUUUUUUAAGGACUAUAUGGGAUCCUAGUGACAACAGCUACUCAAAAGAUUAGAUAGAAACUUGAGGGGAGCAACAACUCAGAAAGGGAGGGUGAGAAUGAUUACACAACUCAAAAGAAUGGUAAUCUGUCACUGAAUUGUACAUGUAGAAAUAGUUGAUUGGUGUAUGUUUUGCUGUAUAUAUUCUCAACAAAAUAAAAAAAUGAAGAUGCUGAGACCCCAGGAAAUACAGAUGGGGCACUCACCACAUCAGCCACAGCAGAUUAGUGGUGGUGGUAUUAGUUAUUCUUUUAAAAACAAACCCCGUGUAAUAAUAGGAAAAAAUACAUACAACCAGUGUCACUUAACAGUAUAUGUAAACAUUGAAUGGAAACAUCUUUGCCUGUGUACACUUUCACUAAAAAUGUAAUUUAAAAAAAAAUUUUUAAGGAACCUUAUCAGGUACACAGGAAACACAGGAAAGAGGCAAGACAGUUUAGCUUGGAGUCAGAAUACAAAUAUUAAGAACUGGUUAAUGAAUAGACAAUUAUAUAUACCAUGUGAAAGCCAAUAAUGGCAUAAUAUGCCAUCUUUUAAGUUUCUAAUACCAGGUAAAAAGUUUUUUUUUUAUAUUCAGUUAAACUAUUAGUAUAGGUAGUUAUACCCAUAUCUUAGUGAAAUAUAAGACUAAAAUGUAAAUAAAGACAGGAAAUACAGAUAUAUUAACUUUGAUUUAGUAUAUCCACUGGAUUUUUAAAUCUCUUAACCUUCUGAGUGCUAGAUACUUGGUUGUGUAAUAAUUUUCUGUAGUAUCACGUUGACAAUAUUCUUAAAAAUGGAGCUAAUAGGUUAAGUAAGUUAAAUCCUGGCCCAUAUCAUGCUCACUAUUCAAAGAAAAACUAAUGGAAAGAGAUUAUUUGCUUCUUCAUAAUUUGGCAGACUGCUAAUGGAGUUAAUCCAAUAAUAAACAUAGUAGAAAUUUUCUUCUAAAAUGGACUCUCCAGUGAGAUAUAAGCAUUUUAUAAAGUAAUAAUUAUCAAAGCUAUAUUGGAUUUAAAAUGUCAUGAAACAGGAAAGAACUGUGAAUAUAUGUAUUUCCUCUGUGUAGCUUCCCUUCCUGGGCUGCCUUUGACUAUAUAAACAGCACUAGUACUUAAAUAUAUUCCCCAAAGGGAGAAUUUGCUUCAUGAGGCGUUAAUGAGGAAUGUAUAUUUUACUGCCAGUCUCACAGGAGAGACUGAGGAAGGUUUAAUUUCAAAAAUGCCCCAUUUUGUUCUCAAAAUCACUUGUAGUUAUCUCCUAAGGUUUUUUCAGUUGCUCAGUCUUUCUAAAAUUUUCCUCCUUUAAGUCUUUCUUAGGCAGAUCCAUUUAGCAGUGUGGGGCAGUAUACAAGCUUAGCAAGUAUUAGGAAGUAGCAAAUAGGAACACAUUCUGUGUUGAUCAGCUUUUACCACGUGGCCGUGAUCUUGGAGCAUGGGCCCACUGGGUAUAGCACUGAUAGUAACAAGAGCCCUGUAGCUUCAUGGCACAGAGGGGUGCAGCUAUAGAUGAAACAGAGCACCUGUCUUAACAUCUUUCAGGGGAGCAUCUCACUCAAUGUAGGCAAUUUUAAUAGGUUAUUUGGCAGGAUGUGACUACAGAUAGAGUCUUUGACCUGAAAAGGUUUCGUUUGCUAACCUUUUUCCCCCAAACUAAGCCCUUAAAAAAAAAAAAAAAAAACUAU